AUGGAGGCUCUACCUACAUUACGAAGAAGUGCUCUGGCACAAUUCCGACGCCCAGCGAGACUUUCCUCCCCAAUUUAUCUUGAUUUCCUCGCUCCGACCACCGUCCAGUCCCAGCGCCGACCAGCUUCCGCUAGCGGAUCUACCGGGACGUCUAAACCACGAUAUGUCCUCAGCAAGAAGCAGCGCGAGUACCUGGACAGUGCGCUCCGCGUCAACCAAGCCGGCGAACUCGCUGCGACCUUGAUCUACAAAGCACAAACGCCGCAAGUCGUCCGAUCUCACCCACACCUACGACCAUUGAUGAAACACAUGUACGACCAAGAAGCCGGCCACCUGAAAGUGUUCAACAAUCUUGUUGCCAAACACGAGAUCCGUCCGACUGCAAUGUAUCCGAUAUGGGAAGUUGCGGCCACGUUUUUGGGGUGGUCAACUGCGGCCCUGGGUCGCGAUGCGGCAAUGGCAUGCACUGAGGCAGUGGAAACCGAGAUUGGAACACAUUACAAUGACCAAGUGAGGGAGAUCUUAUCAUGGGAGGCAGAAGCGGAGCGGCGAGGGGAGGAACUUGAUGAUGAGCUCAAGGAGAUGGUCGCAGUCUUCCGAAGAAUUCGCGACGAGGAGCUGGAGCAUCUGGAUCACGCUGUAGCCAACGACUCCAAGGAGGCCAAGCCGUAUGACCCACUGGUGGACGCUAUUCGUUUAGGCUGCAGGACCGCCAUUAAGAUCAGCGAGAAGAUCUAA